UGUGCAGACGGACGAGGACUAGGAUCGAGGACGGGGAGGGGGACGAAGAAUUCAGUGCACGCGCGGGGAGUGAGUGAGUGAGUGAGUGAGUGAGAGAGAGCUGCAAAUUCGUUGUCGCGGCUGCAAAUCACGGCCCUCCCACUCCCACUCCCUCAGCAUCAGCAAUGCAAUGCAGCGGGAUUGUUUGACCCACUGUGAGUGAGUGAGUGAGUGAGUGCCAAGUGUGGCCGUCUCCCGGAGUUUUUGCAUUCGGAGCUGGCGAAUCUGUUUGCGAGAGGGAAACAAUAUUUCAAGUUAGGGUUGCUCAUCAGAUGAAGGAUUUUCAACAUUAUUGUUUGAUGCCUUGAGUUGACAGUGGCCCGAGUACAUCUGCAAAAUGGAUGCUGCCUGACCAAAGAAAUGACCUAAUGACUUUGCUGCUGCUUCUAAGAAUUCAACCAUGACGCCUGGCACUGCAGUACUCCUGGCAACGUCAAGUUUAGUACAAUGUUGUGGAACUCUCCGCCGACUAAGCACUAUUGGUGGAUGUAAGCCAUUGCUGCAACUAACAGGAGCUGGUUUCCAACCUCGACGAGGAGAGGUAUGGUCCGCCAACAACCUGCAAACUUCGAGGUUAUCGUGUGUUGCAGCGUCUGCAGUGGCAACAAUGGAUAGGAGUAACUUUCUCCUAGGCAAGAAAGCUGCUUUGUACUCGCACAGCCUCCCGGCUAUUGAAGCAUGGCUACAGGAUCUCGGCUUUAUGCAAAGUGAAGCCGAUCGAGGAGUGUGGAUCAUUGAGCGGCCUGACUGGCAUGCCCAAUUGUCGCUUGAUUACACCGAGUUGUACAUUAGGUACCUUAAAUCUGGGCCUGGUAAUUUGGACCGAGACGUUGAGCGGAAAUUUAAUUAUGCCUUGAGCAGAGAGGACGUGGAGAAUGCAGUCCUUGGUGGCCCGUGAGGUGCAAUUUGAUCCCAUGUCUCCUGGCUCGCACAGUUUACAGGUGGUACUGCAAAUUGUGCAUCUAACGUUCAACUCCUGGACUGCAUGUCUGUGCGCUGCUUCAUAUCACAUAUGGUUGUCCCAGUUCUCCAUUCUUGUAAGUUUUUUUGGCUUUGUGAGAGGGCUUGCUCAUCAGUCAUAUAUUUCCAAAAAGCUAGUCAGAGUGGUGUACAUGUGCGAAUUGGUUUCACUAAUGAAUCAGACAGGUAAGGAGGUUUGUCACAUUUUGGACAGAUCAAAAUCUUCUCAUCGUAAACCGACGAUCGCUGAACGAUCCAUUUGAAAUCCACCGUCAAACUAUUCCAGCGACAUCAUUUCACCAACUAGAGUUAGCAUGUAUGGAUGUGGCACAUUCAGGUUUUAAUUUUUCCGUAAGAGGAAUCAAGGUCAUCUGCGUAAGUUUCUGCAAUGACGAAUAACAAGCGGAUUGCUUGCCCCACCUCUAUUGCUAAAACGCGAGUUUGAUUCUACAGCUGUGCCCAUAGGUUGAUAAGUAAAUCUGUCUCGGCGCUGAGCUACAUGUUCCGUCGCAAUUUGUGUUGCCAUAUACUCCACAACUGUACCAGAUCUUGUGUACAUUGUUGUCUAACCCAUAGCUUCUGUACAUCUACGGCAUGUGCAAUCCAUAUUGUAUUCAAGGAACAUUCAAUUUGGCUUGGAUGUUUCCUCUCUUUUUGUAUGGCCUUGAGUAGAUGUCAACAAUUUUGCUUUUCUACUUACAA